AAAAACAGCGGAGCGGAAUAAGCACCGCAGGCUUGUGGAGAGAGCGUAGGACGAACCUUGUCCGCCAUCGGCGGCGGCUGGCGACGUCAUCGCGCGUUCGACGCUUCCGAUUCAUCAGCGCGCGUCACCAGCCAGCUUCCGCCGCGCGUACGGUUUCGAUCGCACGCGCCGUCAGGUCGCACGGACUCCGUUGAAGGUGGUCGUCCGCGCCGUCGACGGAAACCGUCAGCUUGAAGCGAGCCUUCCACGAAGUCGAUUUGACGAUUUCGCCGCGAGGAACGCUCGUCGCAGAACGCAAGAGAGAGAACGCAAGACGGGAUAAGUGCGUCAGUCGAAGCAGGAAUUAGGCUGACUCGACACAAUACGCUGCGGACGCUCUAUGCGGCGGACGCCUACUCGCCCCCCCUCUAGCAAAGACCCGCCACUUACCACACCCGCGAGCCGUGCGAAUGGGCGCUGUCCUCAGCGCUGUCCGCGGUCGCCACUCCGCGGUCGCUGGCGACCUCCGCGACGGGUGUUGCGAGCAGCCGCUGGUACGAUCGCACUGACGACCGCACUCCGCUCAAGCCUUGCCGCCCGCGAUGAUCGCCCGACCGCCGCGACGGGAGGCGGACGACCGCACCGCGAGCACUGCGACGACGAGGCGACUCUCGGAGAGCGACGCGGGCAAGAGCGUCGGUAGACUCGGGUUGACUCGUUGAACGGCGGAUUCUCAGAGGGAGUGAGGGAAAGAGAGCAGAAGAAAGAGGGAGACGAGAUGGUUAGUCGCAGCAGGGAAAGGGCCGACUCAAAGCAGAAACGGAUUGCAGACGCUCUAUGCGGCGGACGCCUACUCGCCCCCCCUCUUGCUUCCCCCGCCACUUACCAUUUUGAAUGAUAACUGGUGGAUCAGCGCCCGCGAGAGGCGUUGGCGAAUCGGCGUUGUCGAGAGCGGACGGAAAUCGCGUCGGCGAGAACGCGUUGACGAACGCGUUGGCGAAUCGGCGAUGUUGCGAGCGGGCGGAUGACGGUCAAGGGGGUCCGGUUGUCGUCAGCGCGUCCAGUCGCGUUGAUCGACGGGCCGUUCGAACUGACGGCUCAGUCAAGUUCAUCGACGGGCUGUUCGAACUGACGGCUCAGUCGCGUUGUACGAGCUGCAGCGUCCAGAGAAGCCCGCGUUGCCGCUCACGUGAGCCUGCAAAUCGGAAAGGAGGCGAAGGAAACGAAAAGAGAACCGGAAAGGAAGCUUAGCGAAGAGAAAACGGCUUAGAGCAAAGACUGGAGAACACAAAAUCGACGAUCAUUACCUGGGGAGGCAGAAUGGUCGCCGCGAAAUGAAGGAUUGACGCGAGAUUGUCACCGCGCGUCAGGGUAGCAGCGAACGGCGGAUGAAAUCUUCAGCGAUUCUGUUGCAGCAGCAGCAGCAGCAGAUGGAGAAACUGGCGGAGAAGUGACAGAAGCGGCGCUGGAGAGCAGCAGAUGCGCCGUGAAACCGUGAGAACUGAGGGGAAGACGCUAACAGAAUGGGUAGUGAGCAGUGGGAAAUGUGCGAUAGCAGACACCCUGGUUCUCUCUAGCAUUGCGUCACCAACUCCCCCAUACGGAAGGCCAUGGAGGCGAACGAGGCGAAAGUUGCUUGGAACUCCCAGCUCGGGAGUGACACGGCAGGGGACAGCGGUUGCCUGGGGCUUGGCUCUAUGCCGCCAGGAGCCGCGGAUUUGGAGGUAUGGCGCGGCGACGGACAAAAGUUAGGAGGGAAAAUGGGAGGCUGUAGAAAAUAAGCGGCUGUGGCGAAAGGAGAGAUUUUUGGACGAUUCUGUUACUUUGCCAAGAAGUUCGUCUGUGUCUGGGUUUGACGAGAGCUGAACGAGACUCCGCAAAAGGUUUCGCUCAAGCCAUUAGCCCAGCUUUUCAUUUGCUAACCAGGUUCAACGCAUCUCAUCCUUGGGGGUUCUGACAAUGUCAGUGGGUGUGAGGAGUUCCGUGCGGUUCCGUUAGGUGAUGUUUGUUCGUCGAACCGCUUGACCCUCACAGCUCAACAGGGAACGUGACUGAAGCCGCCAACAGCCGGCGAGUCUCAUUUUGUAAACAUGUUUCGCUCGCUGCCCGAAGUAGCAGCAGGUGUUGUCAACCACCACCAUUAUAUUUUUGGAAUAAGAGAAUGAAACCGAACAGACCCU